AUGAUUUCUUUUGCUAUCAGAGCAUUUGUUUUGAUUCUUGGAAUCGUAACAAUGAUUCUUAUUAUGACAGCACCUGGUGUAUGUUUUUGGAGAACUAUAAAUGGACAAUCAGCAUCACAAGAAAUUUGCCCCAGUAACAAUGCCCUAUUUCCAAUGAAUAUUGAUAGAUGGAAUAGUGCUUUACAUUUUCAAUUUAAAGGACAAAAUGUUUGGGGACAAUUAGCUAUAUUAAUAUUAGGUAUUGUAUUUGCCUUACCACCACUUGUUUUUUCAUGUUUAUACAUAACAUCAGGAAGAAAUUUUUUGAUACCACAAAUAGCACUUUUAGGUUUUUGUAUGAUAGCAUUUGUGGUGUUAGGUGCUGUAGAAACAUGGUAUGCAACAGGUUUUGAUCACAUGGGACCAUUCAUCCGCCAAAUCGGAAAUGGAAUAUUUUCUGGAUGUGCUGGUAUUGCUGGUUGUGAGACGGCAUUCGUUGUCAAAGGUUGGGCUGCAGCAGCAGCAUUCUUAUUCUUAUCAGCAUUUUUAUAUUUAAUUGAUGGAGUAAUACUUUUCCUCAGAAAAGACAACUCAGAUAGCCGUGUAAUUUUACAAAGAUCAACAACUAAUGGUCACUACUGA